AUGGCCGCUGGUCGUCUACGAAUUGGUGUUGGUUUGACAGCGCUUCUUCUACUUGUUAACCUGUUCUCGAGGCCAAUUAAUGCAUGUGAAAAAGAGAUCGAAGACGACGUGUGCCCUCAGCGCGAGGGUUUCGACAAGGAUUGCGAACAACGAUGCCAACAAGAACAUCCACAUCGGCUGUCGAGCGCAUGUCAUCUAAGAAGCACGGGAACCCUGCUGUCUUUCUUCGGAAUCAAGUCCUUCAUCUGCAAAUGCAAGCUACCAGGACAAUUCUGCAACGCAGCCAAUGAUAACACCAUACAGCGGCGGUCAUUUUCGCUACAGGACCUUACAUAUCAUUCAACGCUUGUUCCGUUAUCGGCGAAUGCUGCCUGUACAAAGCCAACAACAUCGUCAUUGUCGUGUCGUGACGACUACGGUGAAAUGGAAUGCGCCUGGCAACGAUCGGAGGGCAACUGGUAUGUGGCAGAACCGCGCUCGACGAUGCCAUUCGCUCCUGACGAAGCCCCGAGUGGCGCUCUGCUCUGUGGAUUCAGUAAACGUGACAGCAAGAAUCUGGCGUGGGCCAUGGGUUAUCGCUCAACUGUGUUUCAGAUCUCUAUCGUAUUCACCAAUAUUACCGAUGGCGAUGUCGUUCUUCUUGAUGACGUCACAGCUCAGUUCAAUGAAUGUUCAACGCCGACGAAAGCGAUGCCGCUUGUCAGCCGUAGUAAUGCGGAUAGCUCAUAUACGGUGUUUUCCAUUUUACGUGGAGCAAACAUGACGAAAACAUCAGCCGUUGGCAAGUCCGUAAAGAAACCAUUUGAACGACGUAGUAGAAAUCUAAAUGGUGAAGCCACUAGCAAUAAAGCGGCAAGAAGGAGAUUUUGUAAACGAGGCAAGUGUAUGAGUAUUGUCCACGCUGCCUCAACCUCAACCGCGCAACUCGAUAGAAUGUGCGUUGGACGAAUUGGAGUACUUCAGUGUCGCGAGAAAUGCUGGAAAAAUGGAGUCAAUGGGAAAUUUGCUCGAUGUAUUCGUCAGCACGAAUCACCCUUCAUCAAGCGUUGUUUAUGUCAUAUGAGGCGCUCGCCCUUGCAUCGUGUCGACGGUGGCUCUUAUCACGAGAACGGUUUAAGUCCGAGUAAAAAUGAAUCAUUCGCGAGAAAAGAAGCGACCGAUGUUGAUUGGCUUCAAGCGACGACGUCGUGGUCAGCCAACCUCCAGGAUCAAACAGAAAUCGAGCGUAAUGAGGUGCUACUUCAAGAGAAUGUAUGUGCCCGAAAAGAUGGUAAUGAGAUGUGUAAUCGAAACUGUAAAGCUAGCCACAUAAACAGAUGGCUUGACAUGAAUGCCGUCUACAAAAACUUUGGAAACUUCAUCAUUGCUUCGAAACAUGAUCAACGUUAG